CGAGGAUGCAGCGCUGGAAGGCAGCGGCCUUGGCCUCGGUGCUCUGCAGCUCCGUGCUCUCUGUGUGGAUGUGUCGGGAUGGCCUAUUCCUCAGUCACCGCCUGGGACCCGCUCUGACCCCUCUGCGCCGACCGCCUCGCACCCUGGACGCCCGGAUCGCCCGCCUGGCACAGUACCGAGCUCUACUGCAGGGCGCCCCAGACGCGGUGGAGUUGCGCGACCUGGCACCCUGGGCCGGGCGGCCUCCAAAUCCACGCCGUCGGGCGGGGCCUCGGCGGCGGCGCGCGCGUGCACGUACGAGCACGCGGCCUUGCGGGCUGCGCGAGCUCGAGGUGCGCGUGAGCGAGCUGGGCCUGGGCUACACGUCGGACGAGACGGUGCUGUUCCGCUACUGCGCAGGUGCGUGCGAGGCGGCCGCGCGCUUCUACGACCUGGGACUGCGGCGCCUGCGCCAACAGCGGCGCGUGCGGCGGGAGCGGGUGCGCGCGCAGCCCUGCUGCCGCCCGACGGCCUACGAGGACGAGGUGUCCUUCCUGGACUCGCACAGUCGCUACCACACGGUGCACGAACUAUCGGCGCGCGAGUGCGCCUGCGUGUGACCCUACCUCACAGAGCCCGGCGAGACGGCC